AUGUAUAUAUCCAGCCAUCCCGCCAUCGUACCGCCCAUCACCAUUAUCACCACACCUUCCCCCAGCCCCGCCUACCUCGCAAACCGCAGGUCCACCGCGUCCAUCAGGCGCAAGCCCGUACCCGUCACCCCUACCAGCCCCGAGUUUGCCCUCGAGCUCUCCGACCUCUCGGGAGGCACUCCCAACGGUUCUGUCCCCUCGGCUCCUGAGCCACCCGUCUACAUACUUUCUGUCGACCCCGCCCUGACAGCUCCGGUCCCCGAGAUCCCUGAAACUCCCACCCGGCCGCCUGCGUACUCUGGGGCCGCCAGGCCGGAGUACCCGUACGACCUGAGCUUGGGGUCGCCGAGUGAGCUCAUGAGCGAGUCUUUGCCUACCUAUGAAGAGGAGAGCUCGAUAGAGCCCAAGACGCUGGCCCAGACGCUCUGGAUGUUCGGCUUCGUCUGUCCUCUCCUUUGGCUCAUCGGGAUGACGAUCUUGUGGGUACCUUUGAGGCCGGUGGAAGACGAAGUCGACCCCGAAAAGGCCCGAAAACUCGAGGAGAUGAUCGUCAUACUCCGCAAGACGGAGCUGAAAUACGCCAAAAGAUGUACAUGGGCGUUUUGUGUAUUCUCUCUUCUGGUGGCUUUGGUCAUCGUCAUUGCGGUGGUCGUGUCAACGCGAUAG